UUUCUUAGCUUUAGUGUACCACAUACAUUGUAUCAUACCGGUACCGGGUACCUAGCCUACCACGAUAAGUCUGUCAGACGCCAGUUCCAUUCAACCAAUACAUAAAAUGAAAAGUUUAAAUUGCUCCUUCAUCAACUGCACUCGUACUGUAACCGACAACGAAUUGAAUUCUACCGCGAAUCAUAAUCUAACCAAACAUCAUCGCGGCUUCAACGGCAAUAUUCUCGACUCUGGUGCAGAUUUCGUCGAAGAGCUCGUUUUACGUGAUUCGUUAUAUGUCGUGAUUCCUUUGACAGUUUUAUAUUCGUUUAUAUUGAUCGCCGGUAUUUCGGGGAACCUCAUCAAUUGCUGGGUGAUAACCAAAAUAAAACGUAUGCACACAACUACCAAUUACUACCUGUUCAGCUUAUCCGUUUCCGAUUUAUUAUUGCUGACGUCGGGACUACCUCAAGAAAUCUAUUUAAUAUGGUUCAGAUAUCCGUACAUUUUUGGCGAAACGUUUUGCGUCCUAAGAGGACUCAUGGCUGAAACAUCGACAAACGCUACCGUACUGACAAUUACAGCAUUUUCGUUCGAAAGGUACAUCGCGAUAUGUCAUCCAUUCUUGGCGUACUCGGUGACCAAUUUAACUCGAACUGUUAGGCUGAUAUUGUUGAUUUGGGUUUUGGCGUUGGUUUUCGCAGCUCCUCAAGCUUUCCAAUUCGGCUUAGUCGCCCACGGGGGACCAGAAACUUUACAAUGCACAUUGAAACGAAUCAUUCUACCUCAUUCGUUCGAAUUAUCGACAAUAUUUUUCUUCAUCGUACCGAUGAUCUUGAUCACCUACUUAUACGCGAUGAUCGGUAUUAAAUUAAAGAAAUCAGGCAAAAUGAAACCAUCUCUUAAACGCAAAUCGCUCUACAACGGUAAUGCCAGUUCAGCGAACACAUCGCGAAGUUCCAUGUUCAGUCAGCAACGACCCGAACGAAAAAUAUCAAAAAUGCUCAUUGCAGUUGUGGUCACUUUUUUCCUGUGCUGGGCUCCAUUCCACGCUCAAAGAUUAGUCGCCAUGUAUGGUACGAAUUCAUCGUUGAUGAUGAAGAUCUACGACGUUGUUACUUACGUUUCGGCCAUUAUGUAUUAUACGUCGUCCAUGAUGAACCCAUUAUUGUAUCAGAUCACCUCUCGAAAGUUCAGAGACGCUUUCAAGGAGUCCAUCGGUCUAUUUUACAGCAGAACUCCUCAAGACGAAAGUUGCAAAUAGAGUACAACAGUUGAACUGCCGGAUUUCAAUCCUCGAAAUUUCCAGAACCGAGAUCAUUCGAGUCGCUGCAUAGAUCAGAUGAGUAUUCAUCACCGACUCCGAGUCCGAUUGAGAAAAAAUGGCGGAUGAAACGAGCGUUUCCAAUCGACAAUGCGAAGUUGACGAUGCGUUCUGCGUAAAUGUCACUCCAGUUUUGAAAGAAAAUUGUUGAAGGUGCCAGAUCAACAUUUCAUGCAUUGUUUCUAUGUAUCAUCUCCACAUGGAAUACUGUACUGUGGAGCUUGCCAUGAAAACACUUGGUUUAUUUACCUAUUUGUCAUUGAAAGUUUAUGAUACGAUGUAAUUUGAAUGAAAAUCAUAUUUGUGUUAUUA